AUGGACGGUUUACGAGCAGAAGGUGCUUUUAAAAAGUUGAAGCCUGAUCCUUGCGCCUCCAGCCCCCACAUUGGUCACACGCCUACCACAGCUAGUUGUCCAACACCAGCCCGGCGACGACACAGGACCACCUUUACACAGGAGCAGCUGGCAGAAUUGGAAUCAGCGUUUGCAAAAUCUCAUUAUCCGGACAUAUACUGCAGGGAGGAAUUGGCGAGGACCACUAAAUUGAACGAGGCCAGAAUUCAGGUUUGGUUCCAGAACAGAAGAGCGAAAUACCGGAAACAGGAGAAACAGCUGCAGAAGGCUUUGACACCAAUUCCCGCCUGCCAAGGUGCCAUGAUGAGGAACAUCUAUCCUGGUGCUAGCAGAGGUUAUCAACCCUACCCCCAUCCUCACAACAGCAUAAAUGGCAUAAAUCGUUAUCCCCAGAUGGGCACGACGUCUUACCCGAGCAUGACCCAGCCGUUCUCCAUGUCGCAUUCAGCGUCGAACAUGUCGGCCGUCACCGGUAUGCGACAAGAUGCGAUGGGAAUGUCAGCGGAGGACGAGUGGUACAACAAGAGCAUCUCGGCUCUGAGAAUGAAUACGGCGCACCACCCGAACUUGGCCGCGCCGAUGCUACAGUAUCAGACAUAA